CUCCCCCGCGAGCUCGCGAAUGGUCCGCGCCUAGAAUGCGCGCGCGGCUUGAAGCUCCCGGCGAGAGAGGCGCCCUGACAGAGUUGUAGGGCGCAGUUUCCCCUGCAGUGCCGCGCUCCGGGUGCCAUGGACUCUGAGACCCGCCAGCUGCGCGCCCUGGAGGCGGAGGUCGCGGCGCUGCAGCGGGUGUGCACCAUGCUGCCAGAGCCCUGGGAGAAGACGUCCGGAGCCGGGAAAUCAUUUCAAAAAUUUCCCCAGUCAAAUUCUGAGGAAUGGAAAUCCUUGAAAGACCUGAAAAGCCAGUUUGAACAUUUAAAAUCUGAACUUUCUUUUCUAAGUAAACUUACUGGCAUCAAUAUAAAGAAUUAUUCCAAGAUUGAGGACAUUACAAACACUGAAGUGACGGAAAUGGAUACAAAGAAAGUUCUACAGAGACACAGAUUAUCAGGAAAUUGCAGCAUGGUUACAUUUCAACUGGAAUUUCAGGUUCUGCAAAUUGAGACUAAAGAGAAAUUAUCUUCUAUUAUAACUGACCUCAACAUAAUCAUGGAGCCCACAGAGUAUUCAGAAUUAAGUGAAUUUGCAUCUAGAGCAGAAGAAAAAAGAGAUUUGUUCAUGUUUUUCCGAAGUCUACAUUUUUUUGUGGAGUGGUAUGAAUAUCGUAAGAACACAUUUAAGCAUUUUAAGGAGAAGUAUCCAGAUAGUGUGUAUCUCUCAGAGGGCACCUGUUCCCACUGCAUGGAGAUCCGCAGUGCCAGACAGCCAGGGUUUGAACUGGUGAUUGUUUGGAAGAUACAAAUAGAUGAGGAAGGGAAGGUUUUUCCGAAGCUGGAUCUUCUCACCAAAGUCCCAGAGCGAGCCCUGGAGCUGGACAAGAACAAGAUCAUAGAAACUGCUCCUCUGAGUUUCCGAAGCCUACUAGGAGUACUUGGAAUUGAAGCUGCUCUUGACAGUCUGAUAAAGUUGCUUUGUGUAGAAAAUGACUAGCUCCCUGCUAGCAAGCAUGUAGGAAUAAGAUGUUCAGCUGAGGAACAUGUGAUCUAUGCUACAUAUGAACAUUUGCUCUUUUCCCAAUGAGAAACCACAUCCUUCAGACAUGCUUUUGUGUGUUUUAGUGGUAAAUUACACAGAACUCUCAUAGCAUAGAAAUAAAGCUUUUCAGAUAUGUUAAAAGCAACAUGCAUAGUGCUUUGAACAAGUAAG